AUGGAAAUACAAAUAUCAUCUUCCUGGGUUCAUCCAAUCAAGGCGCCAGUCUUGGAUGUCAACCAUAUGGAUUUUACUGAAAUGCCCAGCACAUUGGCUGCAUCAUCUAGUCACGCUUCCUAUGACAAGCAACCACAACAAUGCACUAUCCAGACAGACAAGCACGAGCAUAUUUCCAAUGCGCUUACAGCACCGUUUAGCAACUCAUAUCACAUUCCAUCCAAUGGUAGACAUCAACAAAGCAUGUUGAUACCACGCAUGUCCCAUCUUGAACAACCAGAUCUAGAUAAAUAUACUCGACUACGACACGAGGCUUUUCGUGAACUCAAUCAAUUUGCAGAAGCUGGAUCAGCACGGUUUGUUGCUCAAAUGCGAUGGUUGGACAGUCUUACUAUUGAAGAGCGAAACGCAUUGCAUCCAUCAAACAAAGCUGCUUUUUUACAUGGAUCUCGACGACGAAGACAUACUGCAUCUGAAUCUGCACAUCUUGAACGUGCUCCUAUAUCCUCUUUUCAAGAUGACGGAAUUUUGGAAUAUGCAGUUGGCAAUUCGUCGCGUAUUGAGCCAGAUGGUGGUCAUGUACCCAUGGCACCCCACGACUAUUCUUGUAGCGAUGGCUUGGUGGAAGCACUAAGUCAUCUUAGUACAAAUGAGUUUGAAUUUUGUGCCGAGUAUGAGAGGAAUAUGCGGCUACGCCAUAGAUCUUUUGAAGUAGGACAAUCUGGUAUUGAUGUGGUUGACGAGGAUAUGGAAAGUCAUAGCGGGUCAUUGUGGUAA